CUCCCGCCCGGCUGCCGGCUCCAGCAGCGCGGUGCCGGCGGCGAUGCCCGCCCCGCUGCCGGGGGGAGAGGCUGCCCGGCGCUGCCCGGCCCCCCGCCGCUCGCCGCAGACCCGCGCACGCACAGGGGCAGCCGGGCGCUUGAGCCAUGAUUGCCGCGGCUUUCCUGGUUCUGCUGAGACCCUACAGCAUCCAGUGCGCCCUCUUCUUGCUCCUGCUGCUGCUGGGGACCAUUGCCACGAUUUUAUUCUUCUGCUGCUGGCACCGCAGGCUCCAGAAAGGGAGGCAUCCCAUCAAAUCCGUCUUUUCAGGUCGCUCAAGGAGCCGAGAUGCUGUCAUGAGAACUCAUCACUUUCGCUCUGAGGGCUUUAGAUCAAGCCCUCGCCAUGUCAGAAGACGAGUAACACCUCGCCUGGAGGAAACACAACCCCUAGUGGAAGCUCACCACCUCAGUGAGCAGGAAACUUCUGUAAGAAAAAGAAAAAUCAAGAAAAGCAGCCGAGUCCAACCAGAAUUUUACCAUUCUGUUCAAGUCACCCCAACUCGAAAACCUAGCUCCGGCAACGCGUCCUACCGAUGCUCCAUGUCGUCCUCCGCCGAUUUCUCCGACGAGGAGGACUUCAGCCAGAGGUCGGGGACGGUGUCGCCGGCGCCGGGGGACACGCUGCCCUGGAACCUGCCCAAACACGAGCGGUCCAAGCGGAAGAUCCAGGGCGGCUCGGUGCUGGACCCCGCCGAGCGGGCCGUGCUGCGCAUCGCCGAUGAGCGUGACAAAGUACAAAAGAAGACAUUCACAAAAUGGAUAAAUCAGCAUCUCAUGAAGGUUCGAAAACAUGUGAAUGACCUAUAUGAAGACCUAAGAGAUGGACAUAACUUAAUCUCACUUCUAGAAGUCCUUUCUGGAGACACCUUGCCAAGAGAGCGAGAUUUUUUGAAGACCUUACGGUUGGUGAGUUCAACAGAAGCAUGCGCAAAUGAACAGCAUGAGGAUGUGGAGGAUGAGGAUAAGGGGCCCCGAGAAAAGGGUCGGAUGCGUUUUCACAGACUGCAGAACGUCCAAAUUGCACUUGACUAUUUGAAAAAGCGCCAGGUGAAACUGGUUAACAUCAGAAAUGAUGAUAUAACAGAUGGGAAUCCCAAAUUGACUUUGGGGUUGAUAUGGACCAUAAUUUUGCACUUUCAGAUAUCUGAUAUCCAUGUUACUGGGGAGUCAGAGGACAUGUCUGCUAAAGAGAGACUGCUCCUGUGGUCACAGCAAACGACAGAGGGUUACGCUGGAAUACGUUGUGAAAAUUUCACUACCUGCUGGCGCGAUGGAAGGUUAUUUAAUGCCAUCAUUCAUAAAUACAGGCCGGACCUGAUAGACAUGAAUACCGUUGCUGUUCAAAGCAACCUCGCAAAUUUAGAGCAUGCUUUUUUUGUAGCAGAAAAACUUGGUGUUGCCAGACUUCUGGAUCCUGAAGAUGUCGAUGUUUCCUCACCUGAUGAGAAGUCAGUAAUAACUUAUGUGUCAUCACUUUAUGAUGCAUUUCCCAAAGUACCAGAAGGUGGUGAAGGCAUCAGUGCAAAUGAUGUUGAAGUCAAAUGGGUUGAAUAUCAGAAUAUGGUGAACUACCUCAUGCAGUGGAUCAGACACCAUGUCACGAUAAUGUCUGACAGAACAUUUCCCAAUAAUCCUGUGGAAUUGAAGGCACUUUAUAAUCAAUAUUUACAGUUUAAAGAAACAGAAAUUCCACCGAAGGAGACAGAUAAAUCAAAAAUCAAACACCUAUAUAAACUGCUAGAGGUCUGGAUAGAGUUUGGACGCAUCAAACUUUCUCAAGGCUACCAUCCAAAUGAUAUAGAAAAAGAAUGGGGAAAGCUGAUUAUUGCCAUGCUGGAAAGAGAGAAGACCCUUCGGCCUGAAGUGGAGAGGUUGGAAAUGCUGCAGCAAAUUGCAAACAGAAUUCAGCGGGACAGCCGGAGCUGUGAGGACAAACUGAUACUUGCCCGGAAUGCUCUGCAGUCUGACACCAAGCGAUUGGAGUCAGGGCUCCAGCUCCAGCAUGAAGCAGAGGUAGCUGGGUAUCUUCUUGAAUCUGAGAAUCUUCUCCGCCAGCAAGUGAUUGAUGCCCAGAUUCUUAUUGAUGGAAAAUACUAUCAAGCAGACCAGCUUGUUCAAAGAGUUGCAAAACUUCGUGAUGACCUGAUGGCCAUUCGGACCGAAUGUUCUUCCGUGUACAACAAGGGGCACGCGCUGACCACAGAGCAGACAAAGCUGAUGAUAUCAGGAAUAACAGAAAGCUUAAACUCAGGAUUUACAACAAACCUAACGCCUGAAUUAAAUGCUGCAAUGACACAAGGUUUAACACCUACUUUGACUUCUUCCAGUUUGACAUCUGGCCUUUCGUCAGGUCUUACCUCCAGGCUCACACCAACCAUCACUCCCGCUUACCCGUCAGGCAUCCCACCGCGGUUAAUUCAGAGCUAUGUGACAGGAGUCGACAGUGGGACUCUGCAAACACUCAAACUGAUGCAAAUCAGAAAACCUCUUAUGAAAUCAGCUUUUGUGGAUCAGAAUUUGACAGAAGAAGAAGUGAACAUGAAGUUUGUCCAGGACCUGUUGAGCUGGGUGGAAGAAAUGCAGGUUCAACUUGAUCGAGCAGAAUGGGGUUCAGAUUUGCCAAGUGUUGAAAGCCACUUAGAAAAUCACAAAAAUGUCCACAAAGCUAUUGAGGAAUUUGAAUCCAGCCUUAAAGAAGCAAAAAUCAGUGAGAUCCAAAUGACUGCCCCUCUUAAACUCAGUUAUGCAGAAAAACUACACAAACUGGAGAGUCAGUAUUCAAAACUCUUGAACACAUCAAGAAAUCAGGAAAGGCACCUAGAUACUCUUCACAACUUUGUGUCUCGUGCUACUAGAGAGUUGAUAUGGCUGAAUGAAAAAGAAGAGGAAGAGGUUGCAUAUGACUGGAGUGAAAGAAACCCCAAUAUUACAAGAAAAAAGGAAUACCAUGCAGAAUUAAUGAGAGAACUUGAUGAAAAAGAAGAAGUUAUUAAAUCUGUACAAGAAAUAGCUGAACAAUUGCUUCUUGAAAACCACCCAGCCAGGCUAACCAUUGAGGCCUAUAGAGCUGCAAUGCAGACACAAUGGAGCUGGAUUCUGCAGCUCUGCCACUGUGUUGAACAACAUUUGAGAGAAAAUGCUGCAUAUUUUGAGUUUUUCAGCGAUGCUAAAGAAGCCAUGGAAUAUUUGAAGAAUUUAAAAGACACCAUAUACCGAAAGUACAGCUGUGAUAGAUCAAGCAGUCUUCAUAGGCUGGAAGACCUUGUCCAGGAGUCUAUGGAAGAAAAAGAACAACUCUUGCAGUAUAAGAGCACAGUAGCAGGCCUUGUGGGAAGAGCAAAGGCAAUAAUUCAGCUGAAGCCAAGGAACCCUGACUGUGUACUCAAAACAUCCAUUCCAAUUAAAGCCAUCUGUGACUAUAGACAAAUUGAGAUAACUAUUUACAAAGAUGAUGAGUGUGUAUUAGCAAACAACUCCCAUCGUGCUAAAUGGAAAGUCAUUAGCCCCAGUGGUAAUGAGGCCAUGGUUCCAUCUGUAUGCUUUACAGUUCCUCCACCAAACAAAGAAGCAAUAGAUACAGCCAACAGGAUUGAACAGCAAUUUCAGAAUGUUCUGGCCCUUUGGCACGAGUCACAUGUGAACAUGAAGAGUGUAGUGUCCUGGCAUUACCUGACAAAUGAAAUUGAAGUUGUUCGGGCUGGCAAUGUUGCCUCGAUAAAGACAAUGCUGCCAGGUGAACAUCAGCAGGUACUAAGCAAUUUACAGUCCCGCUUUGAUGAUUUUGUGGAAGACAGCCAGGAGUCCAAAAUCUUUACAAGCUCUGAUACAGCACAGCUGGAAAGGGAAGUUAAUGUUUGCAAGCAAUAUUAUCAAGAGCUUCUGAAGUCUGCAGAAAGAGAGGAGCAGGAAGAAUCUAUUUAUAAUCUGUACAUCUCUGAAGUCAGAAAUAUCAGACUACGACUGGAGAGUUGUGAGGAGCGAUUAAUACGGCAGAUCCGAACGCCCAUGGAGAGGGAUGAUGUACAUGAAAAUGUGCUUAGGAUCUCAGAGCAAGAGAAACUGAAGAAAGAACUGGAUCGGCUCAAGGAUGACUUGGGAGUCAUCACAGAUAAAUGUGAAGAGUUUUUCAGUCAAGCUGCUGGUUCACCUUCAGUCCCUACUUUGCGCUCUGAGCUCAAUGUUGUUAUACAAAACAUGAACCAAGUUUACUCCAUGUCUUCCAUUUUCAUAGAUAAAUUAAAAACUAUCAAUUUGGUGCUGACAAACACCCAAACAGCAGAAUCAUUAGUAAAACAAUAUGAAACUAAGUUGUGUGAAGAAGAGGCAGUAACAGCUGACAAAAACAAUAUUGAAAAUCUGAUGGGUACAUUAAAGCAAUGGAGAUCUGAAGUAGAUGAGAAAAGACAAACAUUCCAUGCCUUAGAGGAUGAACUGCAGAAGGCAAAGAUGAUCAGUGAUCAGAUGUUUAAAAUGCACAAGGAACGUGAUCUUGACUUUGACUGGCAUAAAGAAAAAGUUGAUCAGUUGGCUGAGAGGUGGCAAAAUGUUCAUUCUCAAAUUGAAAAUAGGUUGCGUGACUUAGAGGGUAUUAAUAAAUCUCUGAAGUAUUAUAAAGAUACUUACAAUUCUUUGGACACUUGGAUUCAACAAGUGGAAGAUACUCAGCGAAAGAUUCAAGAAAUACAUCCUGAAAAUAGUAAAGCAUUGGCUAAGCAAUUGAACCAACACAAGAUGCUGGUUUCUGAAAUUGAAAUGAAACAAAGCAAAAUAGAUGAAUGCCAGAAAUAUUCAGAACAAUACUCAGCUGCUGUGAAGGACUAUGAGUUGCAGACCAUGACCUACAGAGCUAUGGUUGACUCCCAACAAAAAUCUCCAGUAAAGCGCCGAAGAAUUCAAAGCUCAUCAGACUUCAUUAUUCAAGAGUUCAUGGAUCUACGGACUCGGUACACUGCCUUAGUGACCUUGAUGACCCAGUACAUUAAGUUUGCAGGUGAUUCUUUGAAGAGACUGGAAGAGGAAGAGAGUUUACCAGAAGAGAGUCAACUCCAACAACCUGUGAAGUCAGCUGAAGUCUUUCAACAUCUGGGAUAUAAUGAAGAUCUUGAAUUGAGAGAAGAAAAGAAAUCUAAUGAAAGCAUGAUGGAUGUGGAAUAUUUGCAAAACCAGAACUCUUCCAGUAAACCUGAAUACCCAGAAAAUAAACUGGAAAGGAACACAAGAAAAUUAAAUGUAGAGAGAUAUGAUAAAAUUGAAACUUUUAAACAACUUCUAAAUGUCAGUGGUCAAGAAAGCAGCAUUAUUGGCAACAGAGACAGUAAGCUACAUAGAGAGCGGGAGAGUUUAAUGGGUUUUGGUAACCAAAGUAAAGAAGAAAAAAAUGGCAGAAAAGAUUGUUUUGUUUCAAUCGAAAUCAGUGUGAGUCUGAACAAUGAUCCUGGUGAAAUGUUAAAUGAACAAAUUGCUAAUGGAGAGAGACAGAAAACAGAGGGGAAAUUAAAGAAGUCUCCUAAAGUGGAAAUGAUACACAAAACCACAGGAAGAAAAAAUUCAAGAAGGACAGGGAGUGAUGUUUCAACAAAGGAAGAAUGUGAGAUGCGAUCAGAAACUGAUUUUGAGCUAACAACAAAGAAAGCUCAAGUAACUCCAAAAACUGCAGAGCAGGCCCUGGGUAUCAACCCUUACAACCAGCAACAUUUUUCACAGAGAACUCAUUUUCAAUGCCAGUGUAAAGAGCAUUGCUUUACAGAGAGCAAUAGCCAUAACACUUUAAAAUCUGAAGAUGGAGAGUUUCAAGUGUGUGGUGAAAAAGGUGAUUCUCUUUCACAUGCAACAGAUGCAACAUCUUUAGAGAAAGUUGCGUCCUCUUUCAGAGAGCUGGCAGUGCACAAUGGAAGUGAGAAAACAAAGUUACAUUUGCAGUGUAUGAGCAAUCUAGGUGCUUAUUGCAGUGUUGAAAGGAAUAUUGACAAACUGCAGGAAGCAUCUCUGGAUAAAGAUUACUUCCUAGUAGAAAAUGAAAUCCUAGAAAAAUCAAAUUUAAACUCAAAUAAAGCCGAGAAUACAGAGCAAGAAAUUUUGGCUCUUUCUUCAGGAAAUAUUUCAGAGAGUCACUGUGCAGCAAAGGUCUCUGAAUCCUAUCCAGUAGAUUUUAAAGUAUCACCACUGCAGAAUGAUCAACAUUUAGGUACAAAAUUGUUAGGAAAUGCUGGUGAUUUAAAUGAAAAUUUAGGUCUCUCAGGAACUUUUUCUGGAGGAGAGGAUUAUUUUCCAUUAUCGGAACAUGAAUUAACAAAAAAGCUUUUAAGUCACUAUGAGAAAGUAAGUGUGAAGAAAAUACCACUGGGUAACACUUAUGGUUUGGACAGCAUAAAUGGAAGUGGGAAGAAGCAGAGUGGAGAAGACAGGCUAGAACAGCGUCAGAAAUGCAAAGAUUUAUUGCUAGUUUCAGAGGUAGACAGUAGAGAUGAGGGUAAUAGUACAAAGGUUCCUGGAAAAACCACUGAACUCCAGAAAAUAUUUGGUGACAAAGUAGGCAUAAAAGCCUCAUUUGAAAAAAAAGAAAAGCAAAAAAAGAGAGAGAAAGAUAAUGAAGAGAAAAGGAGCACAACUGUUGUUAAGAAAUCAAUGGAAGAGGAAAAGAAGGAACAUGUUGAGAAAGCUGGGGAUUUACUGAAAUGGGUGUCAAACCUCAGCAAGACACUCAGUAAAGAAGAAGGAGAAAAGGCUGAAAAGACAGAUUUACCUAAGCAGCAGAUUUCCCUUCAUGAAAUGUCAACCAAGAAAGAACAAAUAGCUGAAGCUCUGCAGACUACUCAGUCAUUUUUAGCUAAGCACAGUGACAAAAUGACAGAUGAAGAGAGACAUGAAAUGGAAAAGCAAGUUAGAUCCCUCCAGGAAAGCUACAGCUUGUUAUCCAACGAAGCUUUGAAGCAGCUGCAGGAAGCACAUCUGGGUGAUGAAAAGAUGGAAGAAAAGGACGUGGCUGAACGGCAGCAGGAAUGCAAGGAGAAACUGCAGGAAAUCUGUGAUUUGCUUACACAGACUGAAAAUCGACUCAUCGGACAGCGACAGUCUCUUGUUAUUGGAGACAGCAAGGCUGAGCUGGAACAAUACCAGACCAAACAGGAGGAGAUACAAAAAGACAUGAGAACAAGUGCCCAGACACUGGCAGAGAUUGUGAAAAAUACUGAAGCCUUCCUGAAAGAGAGUGGAGAAAAGUUGUCACAAGAAGACAAGACUAUUCUGGAACAGAAACUAAAUGAAGCUAAGACAAAGUGUUUGCUCCUUAGCCAGAAGGCAGAAGAGUCCAAAAAAGAGCUGGAUAAAGCUAUGACAACAGCAAUUAAGCAGGAAACAGAAAAGGUUGCAGCCAUAGAACAGCUGGAAGAAAGUAAAAAUACAAUAGAGAAUCUUUUGGAUUGGUUAUCAAAUGUGGAUAAAGAAGCGGAGCAUGGCCGGAAAUUUAAGCAAGUGAUAGAACAGAAUGGAACACACUUUGAAGAAGGAGAUGUGAAAGUUUUGGAAGGAGAAGAGGAUGAUGUCAAUGGGAAUCUGCUGGAAAUGCAGCAAGACAUUGAAACUCGGGUGGAUGGACUAGUGAAAAGCGUAGAUGAUAAUUUGAACCAGCAGUACCAGAAAGUCAAGGCUCAACAUGAGAAAAUUAUUUCACAGCAGCAAGCUAUCAUAGUAGCAACUCAGUCUGCUCAAGCACUGCUUGAGAAGCAAGGACAUUACCUUACCCCUGAAGAAAAAGACAAGAUGCAAAGGAACAUGAAAGAGCUGAAGGCUCAGUAUGAGACUGCUUUGGCUGAAUCAGAACGAAAAAUGAAAUUGACCCAUUCUCUAAGGGAAGAAUUGGAGAAAUUCGAUGCAGACUAUAGUGAAUUUGAAACGUGGCUGCAGCAGGCAGAGCAAGAACUCGACAAUUUGGAGGCAGGGGCUUCUGACUUCAGUGGUAUUAUGGUCAAACUGAAAAGGCAGAAGAGUUUCUCAGAAGAUGUUAUAUCUCACAAAGGUGAUUUACGCUAUAUUACGAUUUCUGGACAAAGAGUUUUGGAUGCUGCAAGGUCAUGUAGCAAAAGAGACGGUGUGAAGGUUGACAAAGAUGGCAUCGAUACUUCAGCUACGUAUGCUGAAGUGCAAAACAAACUGGACAGAGCUUCAGAUCGCUUCAAGUCUCUCUAUACCAAGUGUAGCAUCCUUGGAAAUAACCUUAAAGAUCUGGUGGAUAAAUACCAGCAUUAUGAAGAUGCCUCAUCUGGACUUCUGUCAGGUCUCCAGGCCUCUGAAAUAGCUGUGAAUAAGCAACUAUCAGAGCCAAUUGCAGUGGAUCCCAAAAAUCUCCAAAGACAACUUGAAGAAACCAAGGUUCUUCAGGGACAAGUAUCUAACCACCAAAUUGCUGUAGAAAAACUGAAAAAAGCUGCUGAAGUGUUAUUGGACACAAGGGGAGAGUUGACACCAGACAAAGAUGAGAUUCAGAAAACAUUGGAUGAUAUUGUGGAAAGAUAUGACAAUUUAUCCAAAUCUGUGAAUGAAAGGAAUGAGAAGCUUCAAGUAACUCUGACACGAUCCCUGAGUGUGCAGGAUGGUUUGGAUGAAAUGCUUGAUUGGAUGGAAGGAGUUGAAAAGAGCCUUAAAGAACAAGAUCAAGUGCCUUUGAAUUCUGCUGCUAUUCAGGACAUUAUUAGUAAAAGCAUUAUGCUAGAACAAGACAUUGCAGGUCGCCAAAGCAGUAUAAACACUAUGAAUGAAAAAGUGAAGAAGUUCAUGGAAACAGCAGAUCCAUCCACUGCAUCCACACUGCAAGCUAAAAUGAGUGAGCUUGCAGGACGGUUUUCUGAAGCAAGUAACAAGCAUAGGGAGAAGCUUAUGAAGAUGGAGGAAUUGAAGACUAAAGUGGAGUUAUUUGAAGGUCUUUCAACAAAACUUCAAUCAUUUUUAGAUGAGAAAAACCAGGCUCUAAGUGAAACGGAGGCACCAAGAAAGGAUGUUAGCGAAGUGUCUCAGUACAUGCAGGAAGCUAGUGUAGAAUUGGCCCAACACAAGAAGGAUCUGGAAGUUUUGAAGCAGCUUCUUGAAGAACUUUCAUUCCAUGCUCUUCCUGGAGAUAAAGCACUGGUAUCAGAAAAAGUAAAUGCUUUGUCAAAGAAAUUCAAAGAGGUAGAGGAGACAAUAAAAGAAAAAGAAGAGGAUGUAUCAUCUUGUCAGAAACAAAUGGAUGCUUUUGAGCUCCUUGUAGAAUCAUUAAAGAAAUGGAUAAAAGAGACGACAGAACGAAUUCCAGCAGCACAGCCCUCUCUGAAUACAGAGGAGUUAAAGAAACCUUUGGAAGAUACAUUGAAUUUAAAAGAUGAAUGGACAUUAAAAGCACCUGAACUGCAGAAAAUGAAUAGCAGAGGAACUUUGCUGUGUAACUUAAUCACUGCUGUGACUUCUCCUGCAAAACUGAGAGCAGUUGCCAAAUCAGGUGGCACAAUUUUAAAUGGUGAAGGAGGAGCUCCAGGAACUCAGGAUUUCUUGAAAAAUAAAGAACUGACAGCUGUUCAACAAGCUAUGUCUAAUGUAAAUCACAGCUAUGAAGAUUUGGGAGUUUUAUUGAAUGAAAAGAUUUCAGAACUAGAAAGUAUGCUUUCAAAAAUGCAAAAUAUUCAGGAAGAAUCAGCCUCAAUGAUGCAUUGGUUGCAAAAGAUGGACAAAACUGCAUCAGAAUGGGAAGCUGCUCCAACAGAUAGUGAAGCAGUUAAAGCCCAAGUUGAACAACAUAAGCUUUUUGAAACUGAAUUAAAGCAAAGUGCAAAUAAAGUGCAGGAACUGAAGGAUAAAGUUACAGAGCUGUUGGAGAAGAACCCUAACUCUCCUGAGGCACCUAAGUGGAGACAAACGUUGGAUAAAAUAGAUUCCAAAUGGAAAGAGCUCAAUCAAGUUACAUCUGAGAGACAACAAAAACUGGAGGAGUCUUCAAAUUACCUGAUCCAGUUCCAGACAGCAGAAGCUCAGCUAAAACACUGGCUUGUAGAAAAGGAGCUAAUGGUCAGUGUGCUGGGACCAUUAUCAAUUGAUCCUAAUAUGCUGAAUACACAAAAGCAACAGGUUCAGAUUCUGCUCAAAGAGUUUGACACCAGAAAGCCACAAUAUGAGCAGUUAACUAUGGCUGGGCAGGGGAUUCUGGAGAGACCUGGUGAACAUCCACCCUCACAUGAAAUUGUAAAAGAACAACUGGCAGCUGUGGCACAAAAGUGGGACAGUCUAACCAGCCAGCUGAAGAAGAGAUGUGACCGAAUUGACCAAGCCAUUGUGAAAAGCACAGAGUAUCAAAGUUUACUCAGAAGUCUCUCUGAUAAGCUAAGUGCCUUGGAUAGUAAACUCAGCAGCAGCCUGGCUGUGAGUACACAACCUGAUGCUGUGAAACAACAGCUGGAAAUUGCUAAAGAAAUGAAGGAGGAAAUAGAACAGGAAAUGAAGAAUAUAAAUGCAGCACAAGCUCUUUGUGAAGAGCUGUCAACUCUGAUUGGGGAAGAGUAUUUGAAAGCAGAACUUACCAGACAGUUAGAUGGCAUCUUAAAAUCAUUUAAGGAUAUCGAGCAAAAAUCAGAUAACCAUGUUCAGCAGCUUCAGUCAGCAUACGCCACUUCUCAUCAGUUCCAGCAGAUGUCUAAGGACUUUGAGGCCUGGCUGAGCAAAAAGAAAGAAGAGCUGAACCAGGCUCGUCCUGUGUCAGCCAAACUUGAUGCCUUGCAAUCACUAAUUGAAGAACAGAAAGAUUUUAAGAAGACAAUGACCGAUCAGAUUAGUUCCUAUGAAAGAAUUGUUGCAGAAGGAGAAAGUAUCUUACAGAAGACUCAAGGAGAUGACAAAGCAGAGUUACAAUCCCAAAUUGCCACACUUAAGAAUAACUGGGAUGAAGUGAAUAAAAAGGUAAAAGAAAGGGAAGAUAAAUUAGCAGAUUGUCUGGAGAAAGCCCUCAAAUAUAAGCAACAUGUAGAAAAUCUGCAGCCGUGGAUAGAGAAGUGCCAAAGUAACCUAUGUGAAUUGAAAGUUGGCAUAAACCCUGUUGAAAUAGAGGAUUCUAUUGUUCAGGUGAGGGCAUGGCAGAAGGACCUGGAUAAACACCACGGGAUGGUGGAACUAUUAAAUAAUUCUGCUGAAAGUUUGCUCAAUGCAAGUCAAACGGAUAAAGAAAUUGUUCAAGAAGAAACUAAGGUGCUGAAUCAGAAUGUGAAAGUGGUUACAGAACAGUUACAUAAGAAGAGAGAGUGCUUGGAAAAUAUGGCACAAAGACUGAAAGAGUUUCAGGACUCAUCCAGGGAAACUGAAAGACAGCUUAAAAGUGCCAAAGAGCAUCUGGAAGCUCAUGACUCGCUUGGACCUCAGUCGUUCAGUAACAAACACCUGACAAUGAUGCAGGCCCAGCAGAAAGCCUUGCAAGCUUUAAAGCCUCACGUUGAUUUAGCAAAAAAGCUUGCCCAAGACCUGGUGGUAGAAGCUUCUGAUUCAGCAGGUGUUUCUGACCUCUUACUCCAAGCUGAAUCUUUGGAGCAAGAAUACACAGCAGUGAAGCAGCAGGUUGAGGAUAGGUGCUCAUUCCUAGAGACCAAACUUCAGGGAAUUGGCCAUUUCCAAAACAGCAUCCGAGAGAUGUUCUCUCAGUUUGCAGAGUUUGAUGAUGAACUUGAUAGCAUGGCUCCAGUGGGGAGAGAUCUCAAGGUACUGCAGUCACAGAGAGAGGACAUAAAAUGUUUCAUGAAAAAGUUGGAGGAUCUUAUAAUGAAUAAUGAAAAUGCUAAUAAAAACUGUAAAAUUAUGCUGGCCACAGAAGCUGAAGCUUCUCCUGAUCUUGUUGGUAUAAAGAGAGACUUGGAAGCUCUAAAUAAACAGUGCAACAAGCUAAAAGACAGAGCAAAAGCCAGGGAAGAUCAAGUGGAGGGUACUAUUUGCCGUGUUGAGGAGUUUUACACUAAGCUAAAAGAAUUUUCCACUCUGCUUGGGAGAGCCGAAGAACAUGAAGAGUCACAAGGUCCUGUUGGAAUGGAAACAGAGGCUAUAAAUCAGCAGCUGAAUACAUUCAAGGUAUUCCAGAAAGAAGAAAUUGAACCCUUACAAGUAAAACAACAGGAAGUAAAUUGGUUGGGUCAGGGCCUUAUUCAGAGUGCUGCUAAGAGUACCAGCACAGAAAACCUUGAACACGACCUUGAAGAUGUCAACACCCGAUGGAAGACUCUUAAUAAGAAGGUUGCCCAGCGUGCUGCACAAUUGCAGGAAGCCCUCCUCCACUGUGGGAGAUUUCAGGAUGCCCUUGAAUCUCUGCUUAGCUGGCUCAUUGAUACAGAAGAUCUUGUGGCUAAUCAGAAACCACCAUCUGCUGAAUUCAAAGUUGUCAAGGCCCAAAUACAAGAACAGAAGCUUCUGCAGAGGCUGCUGGAUGACCGCAAGCCGACCGUUGAGGCAAUCAAGCGCGAGGGGGAGAAAAUUGCGGAGUCAGCAGAGCCUGCUGAUAGAGUGAAAAUCUUGAAACAGCUGAGUUUCCUGGACAGUCGAUGGGAUGCCUUGCUCAGUAAAGCUGAAACAAGGAACCGUCAGCUGGAAGGCAUCGCGGUGGUAGCGCAGCAGUUCCAUGAGGCUCUGGAGCCACUGGUGGAGUGGCUGACAGUCACAGAGAAGAGGCUUGCAAAUGCAGAACCCAUUGGAACACAGGCCUCCAAACUGCAGCAACAGAUUUCUCAGCAUAAAGCCCUAGAAGAUGAUGUCCUAGCUCACAAUAAGAGUUUACAUCAGGCCAUUAGCGCUGGUCAGUCUCUAAAGACUAUGAGCUCCAGGGAAGAUAAAGAUAUGGUGCAGGAAAAGCUAGAUUCUGCUCAGGCACGAUACAUUGAAAUUCAAGAGAAGAGCAACAGCAGGUCUGAACUUCUCCAGCAAGCUUACAGCAAUGCUCAGAUUUUUGGGGAGGACGAAGUUGAAUUGAUGAACUGGCUGAAUGAAAUCCAUGAUAAACUGAACAAAUUGUCAGUCCAAGAUUGCAACACAGAAUUACUUGAGAAACAGCACUCUGAACUACUGGAUCUUCAGGAAGAGAUUCUUCUUAGAAAACAAAAUGUUGAUCUGGCUAUACAAAAUGGCUUAGAGCUUCUCAAGCAAACAACAGGUGAUGAAGUUGUGAUUGUUCAAGAUAAACUGGAAGGCAUUAAAGCGAGAUACAAAGAUAUUACCAAAUUAAGUUCUGAUGUAUCCAAGACUUUAGAGCAGGCUCUGCAGCUUGCAGGCCAACUGCACUCAACUCAUGAGGAACUCUGCAAAUGGCUUGAUGAAGUAGAGAUGGAGUUACUCUCAUAUGAAACUCAAAUACCAAAGGGUGAAGAAUUAAGCCAAGUACAAGAAAGACAAAAAGAGCUGAAAAAAGAAGCAAAGAACAACAAAGGCUUAGUGGACACUCUGAAUGAAGUUGGCAGUGCCUUCCUGGAGCUGGUGCCAUGGAGGGCCAGAGAGGGGCUGGACAAGAUGAUUACAGAGGACAACGAACGUUACAGAUUAGUGAGUGACACCAUCUCCCAGAAGGUGGAUGAGAUCGAUGCUGCCUUCCUGAGGUCCCAGCAGUUUGAUCAAGCAGCUGAUGCUGAAUUUGCCUGGAUUGCAGAAACAGAAAAGAAACUGAUGUCUCUGGGUGAUAUUAGGCUUGAGCAAGACCAGACCACUGCUCAGCUGCAAGUUCAAAAGGCUUUCACUAUGGAGAUUUUAAGGCACAAAGAUACUAUAGAUGAACUUGUUAAAUCUGGGGAUAAGAUUAUGAAAACAUGCACUGAAGAAGAGAAACAGAUGAUGAAGAAAAAAAUUGAAAGCCUCUUACAGAAAUAUGAUCAAGUCUGUCAGAUGAACUCAGAGAGAAACCUCCAGCUGGAACGGGCUCAGUCCCUAGUUAACCAGUUCUGGGAGACUUAUGAAGAGCUUUGGCCAUGGUUAACUGAAACAGAGAUGAUCAUCUCUCAGCUUCCUGCACCAGCCCUUGAAUAUGAAACAUUAAAGCAACAACAAGAAGAACACAGGCAACUGCGUGAGCUGAUUGCUGAGCACAAGCCUCAUAUAGAUAAGAUGAACAAAACUGGGCCUCAGUUGCUGGAGCUGAGCCCAGGAGAAGGCUUCUCUAUCCAAGAGAAAUAUGUGGCAGCUGACACCCUUUACAGUAAAAUUAAGGAAGAUGUCAAAAAGCGAGCCCUGGCACUGGAUGAAGCCAUUUCUCAGUGUACCCAGUUUCAUGACAAGAUAGAUCCAACUCUUGAGAGUCUGAAGCGCAUAGUGGAACGUCUGAGGCAGCCACCUUCGAUCUCAGCAGAGGUUGAGAAGAUAAAAGAACAGAUCAGUGAAAAUAAGAAUGUGUCAGUGGAUCUGGAAAAACUUCAGCCAGUGUAUGAGACACUUAAACAGAGAGGGGAGGAAAUGAUUGCUCGCUCAGAAGGCGCUGAUAAGGAUAUGUCUGCUAAAGCUGUUCAAGAUAAACUAGACCAAAUGGUCCUAAUUUGGGAGGACAUCCAGACCUUGACUGAGGAAAGAGAGGCCAAACUGUUGGAUGUAAUGGAACUAGCUGAAAAGUUUUGGUGUGAUCAUAUGGCUCUUGUAGCUACUAUUAAAGAUACUCAGGACUUCAUUCGAGAACUAGAGGGACCUGGAGUUGACCCAUCUGUAGUCAAGCAACAGCAAGAAGCUGCAGAGGCUGCUAAAGAAGAAAUUGAUGGAUUACAAGAAGAACUAGAAGCAGUUGUGAGCCUUGGCUCUGAGCUGAGAGCUGCUUGUGGAGAGCCUGACAAACCUAUUGUCAACAAGAGUAUAGAUGAGCUGAAUUCUGCCUGGGAUGCAUUAAACAAAACAUGGAAAGAGCGUGUGGAUAAGCUUGGGGAAGCUAUGCAGGCAGCUGUUCAAUACCAAGAUGGGCUACAGGCAUUAUUUGACUGGGUAGACAUUGCUGGCAGCAAGUUAGCAUCUAUGUCUCCAGUUGGAACAGAUCUGGAGACAGUGAAGCAGCAAACAGAAGAACUUAAGCAAUUUAAGACAGAAGCUUAUCAGCAGCAGAUAGAAAUGGAAAGACUGAACCAUCAGGCAGAACUAUUGCUAAAGAAGGCAACACAAGAGAGUGACAAGCACACUGUUCAAGAGCCUCUCUCAGAGCUCAGACUAUUGUGGGACAGCCUAGAAGACAAAAUUAUAAGUAGACAGCACAAGCUGGAAGGUGCCUUGUUGGCCUUGGGGCAGUUCCAGCAUGCCCUGGAUGAGUUGCUGGCAUGGCUGACACACACAGAAGACUUGCUGAAUGAACAGAAACCCGUGGGUGGAGACCCCAAGGCUAUUGAAAUUGAACUUGCCAAACAUCAUGUGCUACAAAAUGAUGUUUUUGCUCAUCAGUCUACGGUGGAAGCUGUUAAAAAAGCAGGAAAUGACCUGAUUGAAUCAAGUGCUGUUGAAGAAGCAAGUAAUUUACGGAGCAAGUUGGAACUCCUGAAUCAGCGUUGGCAAAACUUGUUGGAAAAAACAGAGCAAAGGAAACAGCAGCUGGAUAGUGCUUUGAUCCAGGCUCAAGGUUUCCAUGGUGAAGUUGAGGAUCUGCAGCAAUGGCUGACAGACACUGAACGUCAGCUGUUGGCAUCAAAACCUGUUGGAGGCUUACCAGAAACAGCAAGAGAGCAGCUUAAUGCACAUAUGGAACUUUGUGCUGCCUUUGAGGCCAAAGAAGAGACAUACAAGUGUCUAAUGCAGAAAGGCCAGCAGAUGCUUGCAAGAUGCCCAGAAUCUGCUGAAACAAACGUUGAGCAGGACAUAAAUAACUUAAAAGAGAAAUGGGAAUCUGUGCAAACAAAACUCAGUGAAAGAAAAACCAAACUGGAAGAAGCCCUCAAUUUAGCAAUGGAGUUCCACAACUCACUUCAAGAUUUCAUCAACUGGCUUACUCAGGCUGAGCAGACUCUAACUGCAGCUUCUCGGCCAAGUCUUAUCUUGGACACUGUCUUAUUUCAAAUUGAUGAACACAAGGUUUUUGCCACAGAAGUGAACUCUCAUCGAGAUCAGGUCAUAGAGCUGGACAAAACUGGAACCCAUUUGAAAUAUUUCAGCCAGAAACAGGACGUUGUCCUUAUUAAGAAUCUGCUGAUCAGCGUGCAGAGUCGAUGGGAAAAAGUAGUCCAACGCUUAGUUGAAAGGGGAAGAGCUUUGGAUGAUGCAAGGAAAAGAGCCAAACAGUUCCAUGAAGCCUGGCAUAAACUUAUGGAAUGGCUGGAAGAAUCAGAGAAAUCUCUGGACUCAGAUCUUGAAAUUGCAAAUGACCCUGACAAAAUAAAGAUGCAGCUUGCACAGCAUAAGGAAUUCCAGAAAUCUCUUGGUGCCAAACAUUCUGUGUAUGAUACCACAAAUAGGACUGGACGUUCCUUGAAAGAGAAAACCACCUUGGCUGAUGACAAUUUGAAACUUGAUGACAUGCUGAGUGAACUAAGAGAUAAAUGGGAUACAAUUUGUGGAAAGUCAGUGGAAAGACAAAAUAAACUGGAGGAAGCCCUGCUAUUUUCAGGACAGUUUACUGAUGCUCUGCAAGCUCUCAUUGACUGGUUAUACAAAAUUGAACCUCAACUAGCAGAAGACCAACCAGUACAUGGAGACAUCGAUUUAGUAAUGAACCUGAUUGACAACCACAAGGUUUUCCAGAAAGAGCUGGGAAAAAGAACAAGCAGUGUCCAGGCUCUGAAGCGCUCUGCAAGGGAGCUGAUAGAAGGCAGUCGUGAUGACUCUUCCUGGGUCAAAGUCCAAAUGCAGGAGCUGAGCACUCGCUGGGAGACAGUUUGUGCCCUGUCAGUGUCCAAGCAAACACGACUGGAACAGGCUCUUCGGCAGGCAGAAGAAUUCCACUCAGUUGUCCAUGUCCUUUUGGAGUGGCUGGCAGAGGCAGAGCAGACCCUUCGUUUCCACGGCAUCCUUCCAGAUGAUGAAGAGGCCUUGAGAACACUGAUAGAGCAGCACAGAGAAUUUAUGAAGAAACUGGAAGAGAAAAAGGCAGAGCUGAAUAAAGCAACAGGUAUGGGAGAAGCUAUUCUGGCUAUCUGCCACCCAGACUCCAUCACCACCAUUAAGCACUGGAUAACAAUCAUCAGAGCCAGGUUUGAAGAGGUCUUAGCCUGGGCUAAACAACAUCAGCAGAGACUGGCAGGAGCUCUGGCUGCACUCAUUGCUAACCAGGAGCUGCUGGAAGCCUUGCUGUCCUGGCUGCAGUGGGCAGAGACUACACUAACUGAAAAAGACAAAGAGGUCAUCCCCCAGGAGAUCGAGGAAGUUAAAGCUCUUAUAGCUGAACAUCAGACAUUCAUGGAAGAAAUGACCAGAAAACAGCCUGAUGUGGAUAAAGUUACAAAGACCUAUAAAAGGAAAGCACUUGAACCCUCUCCAGUACAAUCUCAUAUUCCCGUCCUUGAUAAGGGGAGAGCAGGAAGAAAGCGUUCCCCAACACCAGGCAUUUAUCCCUCAGCAGCCCAGGCACAAAUUGAAACCAAGAACCCACGGGUAAACCUUUUAGUCAGCAAAUGGCAGCAAGUUUGGCUUCUGGCCUUGGAAAGAAGGAGAAAACUUAACGAUGCUUUGGACAGACUUGAAGAGCUGAGAGAAUUUGCCAACUUUGAUUUUGAUAUUUGGAGGAAAAAAUACAUGAGAUGGAUGAACCAUAAGAAGUCUCGAGUGAUGGACUUCUUUAGGAGGAUUGAUAAAGAUCAGGAUGGAAAGAUUACACGACAGGAAUUCAUUGAUGGAAUUCUUUCUUCAAAGUUCCCUACAAGCCGACUAGAAAUGAGUGCUGUUGCAGACAUUUUUGAUAGAGAUGGUGAUGGAUAUAUUGACUAUUAUGAAUUUGUAGCAGCUCUUCAUCCAAACAAGGAUGCAUACAAGCCUCUCACAGAUGCUGACAAAAUUGAAGAUGAGGUUACAAGGCAGGUAGCAAAAUGUAAAUGUGCGAAACGGUUUCAAGUGGAACAGAUUGGAGAUAACAAGUACAGGUUCUUCCUGGGAAAUCAGUUUGGUGACUCUCAACAACUGCGCCUUGUUCGUAUCCUAAGAAGUACAGUCAUGGUCCGUGUUGGAGGUGGCUGGAUGGCACUUGAUGAGUUCUUAGUGAAAAAUGAUCCUUGCCGUGUUCAUCAUCACGGGAGUAAAAUGUUACGUUCGGAAUCAAACUCUUCAAUUACCACUCAGCCUACUAUAGCUAAAGGGAGGACGAACGUGGAGCUGCGUGAAAAAUUCAUUUUGGCAGAUGGUGCCAGCCAGAGCAUGGCAGCUUUCCGACCAAGGGGCCGUAGAUCACGACCCUCUUCAAGAGGUGCUUCUCCCAACAGAUCUACUUCUCUGUCAAGUCAGGCUGGCCAGGCAGCUGCCCCACAGGCUGUUACUACAAGUACACCGAAGACACCACAUCAUUUAACACGCAACUAUGGUAAACCAUGGUUGACAAACAGCAAAACAUCAACUCCUUCUAAGCCACCAGAAUCCUCAGACUAUCAAGGGUCAUCUGCAGAGGGAACACCAAUUCAAGGAAGUAAACUCAGACUGCCAGGGUAUCUGUCAGGGAAGGGUUUCCACUCAGGAGAAGACAGUGGCAUCCUGUCAACAGCAGCUACCAGAGUCAGAGCUCAGUUCGCAGACACCAGAAGGACUCCAAGCAGACCUGGUAGCCGAGCAGGAAGCAAGGCUGGCAGCAGGUCAAGCAGCCGCCGCGGCAGUGACGCGUCUGACUUUGACAUUUCGGAAAUCCAGUCUGUGUGCUCAGAUAUGUCAGAGACUGUUCCUGCCACGAGCAGGCCGACACCCCGAGCAGGUUCUCGGCCAGGAUCCGCCAAGCCUUCUAAAAUUCCAACCCCCCAGAGGAGGCCACUAGCCAGCAAAUCGGACAAGUCCUUGAAGAGAUAAUAUGAUUGGCUCCAUAAAGGUCUUUUCCUUUUGCAUUAAAUAUUUAAGUUCAUAAGAUGUAAAAUAUUAUGUAGAAAUUACUGUGAAAUAUCGCAAGAGGUGGAUUUUUAAUUCUGCAGAUGGCCUUAUUUGUGUAUUUGUCUUCUUAUUUUAUGUGUAUAAUUUUUGUCAGAUUUUUUUUUUUUUGUUUUGCCAUAUCCUGUGAGAAGGGGAAGAGUUCUAAUGUAAACUAACAGUUGUACACAGUAACAUGUAGAAAGUACACUAAAAAUAAUUGCCGAAUGUACAGUGUACUGAAUGUACAGUAAGUCUCUGCAACCUCAAUAAAAAAGGCCUAUCACUAUGUCAUUAGUUAACAGUAAAGGAUACCUCAUGAUUUUUCUUUAAAAAAGAAAAAGAGAAUACUGAAAGCCAAAAGACACAAUUACACAUUUUGAGCUAACUAAACAAACACUAAAUGAUGUAUGUCAAAACUACUAAGGAAUACAAACACACAUUCACAGUACCCUUAUUUAUACAGCAUCUCUCAGAGAACUCACAGAGUUAAUUAAGCACUUGCCAACAAUAUGAUACUCCAAUACCUUGCAGCAUUUCUGUGCCAUUGCUUUCAAUGAGGCCAGACACAUUCUGGAUAUCUGAACUAUUAUUCUGUAAGAAUAUCAAUAUAAAGUGCAUUCAUGUAAAUGUGAGGUUUUCUUUUGCUUGAGUGGAUGGUAGCACUGUAUCAUUGAACUCAUUUUGUAUCAAAGCAAUUUUGCUUGCAGAAAGCUCAGAAAUAAACAUGUCCCUUAACUUUA